UCGACGCCACGCCUCUGCGCGUUUUUCUCCGAGCGUUGAUUUCAUACCAAAGUCAUACUUUGCAUUCCUUCUUUUUCCCUGUCAGACACUGUUGUUUUUGUCCUUGAGUCACGGAACACGAUUUGUGCCAAAGCUGCAGUUUAAUAAGGAGAGGAGCCCGUGUUUGUAGCAACAAAGCAGGGGCGCCGUUGAGAGGUGAGUUGUAGCUGGAACCGUCAUCAUUGCGUCGGAGUGGAGUUGCCGUAGCAGCCCUGACGGGGCUCAGGAGGAGAGUGGCAAUGGAGAUGCACUGGCAGAUGGGGCAGACCGUGGUUUGGACGGCGACCCUGAAGGCGUGUGGAGUCCAGACAUCGAACAAAGCUUUCAGGAAGCCCUGGCCAUCUACCCUCCAUGCGGCAGGCGAAAGAUCAUACUUUCAGAUGAGGGGAAGAUGUAUGGUCGAAACGAGCUGAUAGCUCGCUACAUAAAACUGCGAACGGGGAAGACGCGUACCCGCAAGCAGGUCUCUAGUCACCUGCAGGUCUUGGCCAAAAGAAAGUCUCGUGAGAUUCAGUCUAAGCUGAAGGUACACAGGCUAACUGACUCUGUGAUGCGAGCAGCUUUGUUCUGCAUGUGGCCAAAAUCUGACUGGACACAUGUCAUUAGAUAGAGACAUGCUGGACACAUUGUUUGGUUUUUUAAGCUUCUUUUGGACAUUAUGUCAGAGUUUAUUUUUCCCCUUUUUUAGUUUAGUGGCGAUAUCUAGCGAUUGGUGUUUGUGAGAUUUAGCUGCAUGAACAUAAUGGUUACUAGGUGGUCUUUGAUGCUGUCUAGUGAAUUUUGUUAAUGCUUUACACGUCUUUGUUUACAUGCUGUCCAUGUAGUACUUUGUUAGCAGUGGUUACAACGAAAGCAUGUGUGUGGUGGAACUUUUGAUGCAUGCUGAACAUUUGUAUAGUUCAAGAGGUUUGUGACCUUAGACACGAUUGUUGCAUGAGAAUCUUUUACUGAGGAAUGUGUUUGGCUUCAUUAACAUGCAUUUAUGAGUGCAGACAAGCAAAAACUCAUUCAUGUUCUCUGUACUGAGGCAAAUAGUGAAGACUUGAUACAUUUCAAACCCUCUGUUUCUGUACUUAAACAAUCUUUUACUUCUUUAUAUGUUAUUUUUAUUUCCUUUUCCUUUAACCCUAUCCGGUAUCACAGUAUAUUUGUAUAACGUUGUUGUCGAUACAAAUUAAAAUUUCAUACCAGCUCACUCUGGUGUGAUGGCUAUGUGUGGGUUAGGGUCAGCGCCUCCUGACAGAACAGAAAGGUAGAGAAGGCUUCAAAUGACUCCUAAUCAUAGAUUCAGGUCAUCAUUUUUGUUAAUUUGCAGAAACAAAAAGUCAAAAAGGAGGUCAACCAAUAUGGAUUUUUCAAUGGCUCCAUUUAUUUAUAUUUCUUUAUGGACUGAUGUGAUUCGAAUCGUGUGUGGAACAUUUGUUUAAUAAGUUUGCACUUUAACAGUUCUUUCAUAUAAUUUCUAUGUAAACAGAUGAAUCACUUUUACCAGAGUUUCAGUUCAUCCUUUAACAUUAAGUUUGUUACAGACUUUGGUAUAUCGCUCUGUGUGUAUGCUUGUUGAUAAAGAUCAGCCAUAAUACCAAAUGUCAAAAUAACAUCAAGCUAUAAUUGCAGUGUCUGUUUUCAUGUGUCAUUUUAUAUUUUUUUGUCUGAGAAUCGGCUAUUCUCGACACAACUUCACUAUAAACAUCUGCUGCCUGUGUGGAGUCUCGUCAGCAUGGCUCCGAUUGUGUUCUUUCAGACAACCAAAUGUAUGCUGGUACAAGUGUACCAGACCACGCCCAAAGGUAGAUUCAGGAAAGACGUCAUCAAUGCAUACUGAGUGUUAACACUGGUAUUUAGUCAUCCAAAAUGUGAUCAGAUCACUUUGGACAGCUGCUGGUGCUGCACAGGAACAGGCUCUUAGUGCAAGGGAAGCCUACAGUUCCCUCCCUGUCUAUCACAAAAACCUAACUUACUGUAAAUGUGUAAAACGUAGGGCAAAGACUCUGUCUAUGAAGUUAGGAGUAAUCCGUUUCAGAAAGGGCGAUCUGAAGUUAGUAGAAAAGCUCUUCAGUUAGGUUUUGGUGUUUUAGGAAAGCUCUUCACUUGGAUAUCUUUCUUGUCAUAACUGUUUAACUUUCUCACCUUAUUGAUUUUAUUCACUAUGAGCUACAUCUUUUAGUUUAAUUUCAGAAAUAUUUCUUUUUUGUAUUCAACCCCUACCUUUCCAGUGAAGGAAGUACAUGAGAUGGUGUUUUCCUUUGUUGCCAAACAGUGAAUCUGUCCCCACUUACAUUUUGAAUGUACUAAAUUAAGUUUAUUACAUGUCUUUUUUGCUAUAGGCCAUGAAUUUGGAUCAGGUAUCCAAAGACAAGGCACUCCAGACUGUGGCCAACCUCUCAUCAGCUCAGAUUGUGUCUGCCAGUGUAAUGAAGCCUCAGACUUCCUUCCCUCCACCAGUCAGAUAUUGGCCUGGCCCGGUACCAGGACAACCUGGACAUUCUCAGGACAUCAAGCCCUUUGCACAGCCUCCAUACACCACACUACCAGCCCCUGUUCCACCACCCAUCAGCUAUGAGGCUUUGCCACCCCCCCGGCCUGCAGCCAUAGCUGCUCCCGUCUGGCAGGACAGAACCAUUUCUUCAGCAAAACUACGCCUACUUGAGUUCUCUGCUUUUAUGGAGACCCAAAGAGACCGAGAGAUGCACAAACACCUUUUUGUUCACAUCGGCCCCUCGAACCCAGUCUACAGUGACCCUGUUUUGGAGUCUAUAGAUGUAAGGCAGAUUUACGACAAGUUCUCAGAAAAGAAAGGCGGCCUGAAAGAGCUGUAUGAGAAAGGACCACACAAUGCUUUCUUUCUCGUCAAGUUCUGGGCGGACCUGAGCAGCGAAGUUGAGGAGGGCUCUGAUGCGUUUUACCUAGUGAGCAGCCAGUACAGUGGAACAGAAAAUAUCACCAUCAGUGUGUCUACGAAGGUCUGCUCUUUUGGCAAACAGGUGGUGGAGAAGGUCGAGACAGAGUAUGCCCAUUUAGAAGGAGGAAAGUAUGUUUUCCGCAUCCAUCGCUCACCCAUGUGUGAAUACAUGAUCAACUUCAUCCACAAGCUAAAGCAUCUGCCAGAGAAGUACAUGAUGAACAGCGUGCUGGAGAACUUCACUAUUCUGCAGGUGGUGUCCAACAGAGAAACCCAGGAGACUCUGCUGUGCAUUGCCUUCGUAUUUGAAGUGUCCACGAGCGAACAUGGAGCGCAGUACCACGUUUAUCGACUGGUUAAUAACUAGCAGCAUGAUGUGUGCGUGCACGCAGAGACUCAGAACUCUUCAUACAAACUGCUUAAACACGACUUCCUGCAGAACACUCAGACCCCCACCCCCACCCCCCACUCCUUUGAACACAUUCACUUUUUUUUUUUUUUUUUAAUCAGACCAACCGUCACACUGCAGUCGUACCUGUUUCUCAUUAGAAUCAUAUCAGUGUUGGUUUUGUUUUUUAAAUCAGAAAUGUUUUGUAGUGAAAGACAUUUCAUAUCAGAAAUGCUCCAAACUAUGCUGAAGUUUUCUAUUCUGAUUUAAGCGUCUUAAACCAUUUGAUGCACAUGGUUCAUAGGUAAGACUGGCGUGAGACGAGUUUGAAUAUAAUUUUUCAGAUCAUUUAAUGAGUGUUAUUGUAACCUGCCACCGUGGCUAUUCUACAGUUUAUAGUAUUUUUAAAAGGUACAUAUCCUGUGUUACUAGCCUAGUGAACUAGACCAAAUUCUUGCUUUGCAAAGUUUGGUCUAGGCACGCUCCAUUGGAACCUCCGCAGCUCCUACCAGGACUCUGGCUAGCCAAUCACAGCUCUCUAGAGGGAAGAGCUGUGAUUGGUCCAUAAUGGUGGGCCAAUCAUAGUGCUCUAUCUGCUUAGUGAACAAAUCACAGAGCUUUAUCCGCUUUGUGGGCCAAUCAGGGCACUCUAAAUGCCUGGUGGGUGGGAUGAUGCAACAGAGUGAAACAAGAGUAUGUCACAUUCAUUGUCCAGUGGAAUGCGGAGAUCAUUUGAAAGACAACGGUAGAACCCGCCCCACAACCGAGAGCUGUCAAUGGAGCGUGGCUAGACUAAAUAAUACAUUUAUUUAGUCUGGCUUGCCAGGCUACUGUGUUACAGCUUUGUGUGAAAAUGUGGACUACAUUCAAUUUUUUUAAAUACAAUCAUAAAUUGCAAUGGUCUGCCUCUUCUUAAAAAUAAUGCACUGCAUGUAGAGAUGUGCAUGUUGUAUUUAUUUUAUAACACUAUCAUGGGGUGAAAAAAGUGCAACAUUUUGAGUAUUUGUUGUUUAAAAGAUUUUUAUUGGUGCACUAUGUGAAGAGGAGAAAAAUCUCAAAUGUGCAUUAAAAUAUCGGCUCAUACUUGUUUUUAAACAAAUUCAAAUUUAUGUCAUAGUUUUUAGAGACGUUCUUCAAUACUGUUUGUAUUGUGACUGCUUGAGCUUGCUGGAGUAUUUCUACCUCCACAUGAGUUGAGAUAAGGAUGUGCUUUGAUUCUUAAAGCGGAGAAGCACUGAUGUAUAGGACACUACAUUAGUAAUGGUACUGUUGUUUAUAAACCAAACUGAGAUUAGUAGACAUUUUGUAAGGGUUUUUUGUAUUUUCAUAUCAAGAAAAGUAAACACUAAACAGUGGAUAUUUUGGUUGUUAAAUAUGGUACAAAUUACAUCAUGUCACCCACAAUGCAUUGGGGAACAUUUUUGCCUGAUGACACUACCACAUUAUCCAACUGAUAUGUUUCUGUUUUGUAUUAUUUCUUGUGUUUACUGGUGCACAUGGCUACCAACUUGUCCUUUUUUUUUUAUCUUAUUUGACUCCAACACACCCUCUGCUUAAGGGGUUUGCCUUUAAACUCAAGGAGGAACAUCAUAUCUUUAGACUUGCUUCUGUUUGAAACAAAGCUGUCAUUUAAUCCUUAUGGUGGGGUCCUUCAGAAGUGUUACAUUAUAUCAUUAUUGUAAUUAUCUGUGUACUCUGACUUUGCCUCAAUUGUUUCAGUCAAAUCUACGUGGAAAAUAACAUUUUGUGCCUUUAUGUUUUGCCAAUAACAUCACACAGUGACUGAGAGGAUGUCAUUCUUAAUAAAUUGAUAAAAAGUAAA